AUGCGCCAAGCGCGCGAGAGGCAAAGAGAAUCACUUGCCCUCAGUGACUCGAAUCCUGGCAAAUCCGUCGCCAACAUCUUCCGUCAUCGGUCCUCCUCUAAGCAUGGUCACGAACUUCAACCCAUGCUAAAUGAUAACAAAGACUUCAUCAUCGAUGACACUGACAAGGUAAAGUCGUUUAGUGCUUUUUUGCCAAACACAUUCAUAUGAGUCCGAACCAAUCCCUUCUUUCGUUCACUUUCACAGAGGACACUGAAUACAAUCGAUGUCUCCUCAGAUCUCAUUAAGAAACACAUAAGUCUUUUGAAAAACUGCCACUGCUCAGGAACGGACGGGAUUCCAAAUUCGAUUAUUAAAGAAGCAUCCGACCUUCCCAUAUUGCUUAGACAUUUGUUCUCGGCUUGUAUUUCGAAAGAAUUCUUUCCUGAAACAUGGAAAACGUCAACUAUCAUUCCCGUCUUCAAGUCUGGAUCUCGGUCCGAUGUUAAUAACUAUCGGGGCGUGCACGAAACGCUGUCUCUUGUAAAGCUCCCUGAAAGGGUAAUUUUCAGUGAAAUUCUUGACUUCUGUCUAGCUAAUCGGAUUCUGUGAUCUAGUCAACAUGGAUUUUUACCUCAGCGAUCCUGCGAAAAUUGCCGCUUGGCAUUUAUUAAUCCAAUCACUUAUCUUCGAAAUGAGCAGCAGUCAGUGGUAGGUAUCUACUUUGAUCCUAGAAAAGCCUUCGACAAGUUGCCCCAUAGACGUCUUUUAGUAAAAUUGGAAGAUCUCGGCAUCCGGCCGCCUAUACUUGACUUCAUCAGGUCCUAUCUGUCCAGCCGAUAUCAGAAAGUCAUGGUCGGUAAUAGCUACUCGACAGCUUACUCGAUCACGAGUGGCGUACUGCAAGGCACGGUUCUGGAUCCGCUACUCUUCCUUCUUUUCACCAAUGAUAUUUCGACUGAACUCGGGAGUUCGCAAACUUUUAUUUAUGUCGAUGACCUCAAGUGUGUUUACUCAUACUCUAAGGACACCGCAAACGUUAGUGUUGAAAAAUUUCAUGCCGAUUUACUACGUUUAAGCAGAUGGAGUUCAACAUGUCAAAUGGAGUAUUCAUCAUCCAAGUGUAGAUUCAUGUCUUAUGGUCCUGCCAAACUUCAUGGUCUCAUAAUUUUUCAGAAUAACCCACUCUCAGAAUGUCUUACUAUAAAGGACCUAGGUCUAAGUUAUGCAAAUAAGCUUGCCUUAUCACGUCAUGCAGAUAGAAUUUCUGCCAAAGCCGCGCAGAUAUGUGGAUUCAUAUCGCAUAAUUUUUUCCUUCGAGAAAUAAAACUAAGACCGCAUCAAAUGUUUGUUCUUCCAGUCCUCGAAUACCACCGUCCUUUCUUUGGUUUAAUGAACGCCUGCAAUCGUUAUAAGAUCGAAAAUGCUCAGAGGGUUUUCAUCCGGAAACUGUUCUCUGUAGUCGCAUCCAGUACUUCUUAUGCGCAGAGAUGUCAGCUAGCGAACAUUAAGUUUUUUAUUGGUUAGAAGACUCGAUGCUGUCUUUUGCUUCCUUUUUCAUAAUAACUCUAGCUCCAAUCGUCCGGUCAUUGACACUCUCACUCCAAUAGAUAGGCCUUAUGCCACGCGCAACUCCUCCAUGAUGAUUCUGCCGCAUCUUUGCACUACAUCUAAGCGCUCCCUCUUCUUUGCUUCCAAAUAUGCCUUCCUUUGAAAUAAUCUUCCGUCGGAAAUUAGGUCAUCGACUGAGUUACUGGUAUUCAAGUCGAAAUUACGCAAACACCUUACACCGGAAAGCAUAGUGGCACUGUUAACGGUCUCAUUCCCGAACACUCAGCUUCUUGAGUUUGAGAAGGGUCCUCUUGGGAUUUAGUGGUAGAUCAAGUGGAAACCCUCAAUUAUAUAUUUAGAAACCCCGUUUUUAAUUGGUAACUGAAUCCGUUGCUAUAACUCUUCCUCCAUAGCGACGAUUUUCGCGGUUCUCGAUGUCGUCUCCCUAAUUUCGACCUCAAGCGGUCUGUCGACGCUCACGUCAAAACCCUUUGUAUUCGCCCUUUACUAGUGGUUUGUUCGUACCUUCUUUCCCCACUCCUCGGCUGGGCUUGAAUCGGGCUGUGACCGGUCGCAUCUGGGCUCGUCUCAUCUGGCUUCUUUGACUCGAAUAGUCUCAUACGGCGUAUGAAUUCCGCCCUGACGAUGUCAGUUCUGGAUCCCAUAUGCAAUGGCACAUGCAGGCCAGUCCUGUCCGACCCGCAUACGUACCCCUCAAGGCUGACAUUUAUUUCUGCCCUGACGAUGUCCGAUUAUAAUCCGUUAUAUACCACCACAUGCAGGCCAGUCCUGCUUGCAUUCCAGUGUUAUUAUUAGCGAGGGUUUUUUCUCCUGUAAAAUUAAUCCAAUCAUUUCUCCGCUCGCUCAUCCUUUUUCUUAACGCACUAAAAAUUCAGAAACUAUGAAUUCCAUUUUGUUCAGAUUCUGCCUACCUUGUCUGAAAUUCGUAUGUAAAUUCAUUUAACUUGCUUUGAUGUGGCCCCGACGGGUCUUUAAUAAAUAUGUUUUAUUUAGUAAUUUACUGUUACUAAUAGUGGUAUUUCUAUUGCCGCUAAUGCCGCCGGCGACAUUAAUACUGCUAUUACUACUAGUAAUUAUACGGGUACUGUCACCUAAACAAGUGAUAAUACUACUGAAUUUGCACUACUGCUGAAUGCAGAUAUAUUGCGGUGGACCUUAAAUUCACAAAAAAUGCAGUACUGCUCUCAUCCGCAUUGCUGAUUUCACUCGAGUAAACUACUGCCAUUAAAAAUUCCGAUUACCAAUUAGUACUAUCGGUAAAACAGGUGCUACUACCAAUGAGACUGCCACCACGGAAACUACUUCGGCGACUACCACUGCGAUUCGCCAAAAAAUGGCAACUAGUGAAUUUAAUAAUACCAUUACAAAUUUGGCAACCGGAUCUCAUGCCACAGCAAUAAUUACUAUUGCUGUCAUCGGUGAUAACAUUCUUCCGCCAACUCAGUCAAUACUUCCGGCACUUUAUUGUAAUGCUCUAGGCUACUUGAAGAAGGAGACACGAUCGCCGGGACAAGAGCUUCAUUAGCCUGACGUUUCGGAUUCCUACUCGAAUCCAUCAUCAGAGACAAAAGAGCAGAAACGGGUGGUUGUUGCACAAGGGGCUGCGGCAGCAGUGGAAUCAAUCCUUUGUCAGACGGAGGCAACGGAGGAGACUAAGAACCUCAUCCGACACCAAGUGUCGUCUCUCCUGAUGGUCCACAGGCCGCGGGAAGUGCUUUCCUAGGUCACACGUGAUGCGCUUAGAGAACUCAAGGCCGACAAAGACCUGGUCAUCGUGCCAGCGGACAAAGAACGCGCCACAGUUGUACUGGACAGGACAGACUACCUUCAAAAAGCCAAAGGUUUACUGGAGGACCGACAGUUCUAUGUCCCAUGUGCAACGAACCCUUUAAAGGCGCUGAAACGCGAAAUUAAUGCCACGUUGUUGGCCUUGGAGAACUCAGGUGCAAUAACACCGACCGACAGACGCAUGGCGAGACCCCAAGAUACGGCUUUGGCCCGAUUCUAUGGCCUCCCUAAGGUGCACAAAGACGGCGCUCCUCUACGACCCAUCGUGUCGCUCAAAGGGACUCCAACGUACAGACUGGCUAAGUGGCUGUUCCGGCGUCUCAAGUUCCUGACCGCUGAGUCAGACACCACGGUCUCUUCGUCAGCACAAUCCCUGGAGAAACUCAAAGGGGUAGGCAUCCAUCCAAAUGAGGUCAUGGUAUCUUUUGAUGUUACAUCCCUUUUUACAUCUAUUCCCCAGGACCUGGCGAUCGAGACAAUUGAGCUGCUAUUACAAAGCAAAUACGAUGAAACGGAGAACCGUCUUGGACACACCCAAGUCCUUCAGCUCUUAAAGCUCUGUCUCAGGACGUACUUCACGUUCGACGGGACAAUCUACGAACAGGUGAAGGGCACACCAAUGGGUUCGCCGAUUUCGGGAUUAAUCGCCGAGGCGGUCCUGCAACGGUUAGAGUCGCUGGUCUUCCAACACCACAGACCGAAAUUCUGGGCCCGGUAUGUGGAUGAUACCUUCGUCGUCAUCGAACGGGAUCAGGUGUUGACGUUCCAAGAACAUCUCAACGCCGUCUUCCCGGACAUUCAAUUUACGAUGGAGGAGGAGGAGGAGGAGGAGGAGGAGAACAACCAGCUGGCCUUCUUGGAUGUCCUCGUAUGCCGCAAAGAUUGUGGUGGACUAAAGACCAAAGUGUUCAGGAAAGCGACAAAUACGAUGCAAGUACUGAACUUCAACAGUAACCACCCAAUCAGCCACAAACGCAGUUGUGUAAGGACGCUCUUUCGGCGUGUCGAAACGCACUGCAGUGAGCCGGAAGACAAAAUUGCUGAACUACAAUACCUCCGACGGGUCUUCAAAGCCAAUGGCUACCCGCGCAACUUUGUCGACCGGUGCAUACGCAAAAGGGACGAAAGGCCUAACCGCACGGACACCAAGUCUUGGGGGGCACUUCCGUAUGUCAAGAACGUUUCGGAAGCUGUCGGCCGCCUUCUCGCACCACUUGGGGUUGGAGUGACGCACAGACCGGAGGCAACCAUCAGGCGUCUGAUCAUGAAACCGAAAGACCCACUGCCACGGCUAGAAACGUCUGGAGUCGUUUAUCGGAUCUGGUGCAGUUGCGGACAAAGCAACUACGUCGGAGAAACCGGAAGACAGCUCCGAACGAGAAUGGCCGAACACGCAGCAGCGGUGCGCAGAAAUGACGCCAGCUCUCAAGUUGCGGCUCAUUCGACGAGAUCCGGCCACACAUUUAAAUUCGAUGAGGCCGAAAUUCUCGCAAGAGGUGACAACCGAGUGAGCCGAGAGCUACUGGAAUCAUGGUUUACUGGCCCCCAGUCCAUCAAGAAGUGCAACGAUCUUCCCAUUCCAUACUCCGUACUGAAACUUCGCCUAGGCGGGGUAACACGCCAUGUGGGGAGCGCAGAGGUGAACACUCUUCCCAACACCGGGGUCGAUGCGUCGGAUGGUCGAGCAAUCAUCACGCCAACAUCCAACGCACGUGAUGAAAUUGCAGCAAUUAUCGACUCGAAUGUCGGCCAUCAAGCAAUGAUCACACCAAGUGCGACAAUCCCGGAUGAAAGGGGGGAGCCGUGA